AGACCUGAGCAACAACCAGAUCUCGGAGAUCGCGCCCGACGCCUUCCAGGGUCUGCGCUCGCUGAACUCGCUCGUGCUGUAUGGGAACAAGAUCACAGACCUGCCCCGGGGCGUCUUCGGGGGACUCCACGCGCUGCAGCUUCUGCUCAUCAACGCCAAGAAGAUCAACUGCAUCCGCGCCGACACCUUCGGGGACCUGCAGAGCCUCUCUCUGCUCUCGCUGUACGACAACAAGCUGCAGGGCCUGGCCAAGGGCACCUUCGCGUCCCUGCGGGCCAUCCAGACGCUGCACCUGGCUCAGAACCCCUUCAUCUGCGACUGCAACCUGCGGUGGCUGGCGGAUUUCCUGCGCGCCAACCCCAUUGAGACCAGCGGUGCCCGCUGCGCCAGCCCGCGCCGCCUGGCCAACAAGCACAUCGGCCAGAUCAAGAGCAAGAAGUUCCGCUGCUCAG